UGGAGAUCGCAAUGUCAGAAUGAGCUGGAGCUUGCCAAUAAAUUCAACAAUAUUUUAUUAGUGAUUGAAUAACAAUUUGUAUACAAUUAUCAAUGCAAUUGAAAAUGCGUUUAGAAACGUUAGUAUUGCAACAGCUAGAGGAAGAGCCCCCUCUCGUCCAGGCCUGUUUCCAUGGCGACCCAGAUGAGGUCAGGGCUCUGCUGUACAAGAAGGAAGAUGUAAAUUAUCAGGAUUCUGAAAAGCGCACCCCUCUGCAUUCUGCUGCUUACUGCGGUGAGCACGAGAUAGCAGACCUUCUCAUCAUGAACGGGGCCCGCGUGAACACAAAGGACAACAAGUGGCUGACACCCCUGCACCGCGCAUGCUGCUCAAAGAGUGAGGAGACAGUAAAAGUCCUUCUGAAGCAUCAGGCUGACGUGAAUGCUCGGGACAAGAACUGGCAAACUCCUCUACAUGUUGCGGCUGCAAACAACGCCGUUCGCUGUGCGGAGGCCUUGAUACCACUCCUGACCAAUGUCAACGUCUCAGACCGAGGGGGCCGGACCAGCCUUCAUCAUGCUGCGUUUAACGGACAUAAAGAGAUGAUCAAAUUGCUAUUAGACCAGGGAGCCACAAUCAAUGCGUUUGACAAGAAAGAUCGCCGCGCCAUCCACUGGGCAGCUUACAUGGGCCAUGUGGAAAUAGUCAAGUUACUGUACGAACACGGGGCUGAACUCAACUGCCAGGAUAAACAGAUGUACACACCACUUCACGCGUCAGCCUCCAGCGGCCAGGUUAGCGUGGUUAAGCUACUACUGGAACUCCACGUAGAUGUGGAUGCGGUGAAUUGCUAUGGCAACACGGCGCUACAUGUGGCCUGUCACAAUGGGCAGGAUGUUGUAGUCACCGAGUUGCUCGAGUUUGGCGCUCAGAUUAAUGCUGUUAAUAACAUGGGUUUGACCCCACUUCACUAUGCAGCAGCAUCCACACAUGGAGGUAUAUGUCUAGAAAUUCUGGUCACUCAGGGGGCGUCAACCAAGUUACAGUGCGAUGACGGCCGAAACCCAUUACACAUGACUGCACUGCAUGGACGUUUUACUCGUGCCCAAACUUUAAUUGAGCAUGGGUCCGAGGUAGACAGCUGUGAUAAAACUGGUAACACACCACUACACAUUGCUGCGCGCUACGGGCACGAGCUUCUCAUCAACACACUCCUGGAGAACGGAGCUGAUCCCACCAGGCGCGGUGUGUACGGUAUGAUGGCCGUUCAUGUUGCCUCCUUAUAUGGACACAUUGACUGCGUCCGCAAACUUCUGUCUGUGAUGCCUCAACUGGAUCUCAAUGUACCUGAUGAUUGCGGUCGCACGUGUCUACAUGCAGCGGCUUGUAGCGGCAAGGUAGAUGUGGUUGAGUUACUCAUUAAAGGAGGAGCCAGCGUGAACAUUGAAGACGCUGGGGGCAGGUUCCCAAUUCACUAUGCAUCAGCCAACGUGCACAGUCAAUGCUUGUUGACACUUCUCACUGCUGGCAGCAUUGUCGACAGCCAGGACCAUGCAGGCUGCACACCACUACACUUUGCUGCUGCAGCUGCUGCUGAAGAUGAUGCCAAGGUGUUAGAGUUACUGUUAAAACACGAGGCAAGACCGGGUCUGUCUGACAAUCAGGGAUACAAUGCUAUACACUAUGCAGCGUUGAAGGGGCACCGGUUGGCACUGGAAAUGCUUCUUGACGUGGCAGCCAUCAAUCUAGUAAAGGGUACUGCACCGUUCUCCCCUGCUCAUUUAGCGGCUUCUCGAGGUCAUAACGAUGCGCUCCACGUUCUGCUAGGCUGUAUAAUGAAUCUGGAUAUCAAGGAUGUGAACGGACGCACGAUGCUGGACCUGGCCUGCUACAGCGGUCACACAGAGUGCGUGGAGACUCUUCUACUGCAAGGGGCCACGAUCCUCGUGUAUGAUAACGUCGCGAGACGGACACCACUUCAUGCUGCAGCAAUCAAUGGUCACACAGAGUGUUUGCGUCUUCUCAUGGAAACUGCAGAUGACAACAACAUUGUGGAUGUGAACGACGCCAGGGACAGAACACCCCUUAUGUUGGCCGUAGAAAAUGGACAUGUGGACACGGUGUUGUAUUUGAUAGCAAACAGCGCGACGGUGAAUGCACGAGAUAUACAUGGACGCACUGCAUUGCAUAGAGGGGCUGCCAAUGGACACGAGGAAUGCGUGGAUGCGUUGCUGCACAACGGGGCUGACAUCUCCAUACAGGACAUGCGAGGUCGCACGGCCCUCCACCUGUCAGCCAUGUGUGGACAUGUGGGCCUGCUUGGAUCACUUUUGUUGAUGGGACCAGUGGAGAAAAUCCACGACAGACUGGGCUACACCCCACUCCAUUUUGCAUGUUAUAAUGGUCAUGAGGCGUGUGUGGAUCUUCUAUUGGAAAAUGAAGAACAUCGAAAAUUUACUGGCAACACUUUCUCCCCUUUGCAUUGUGCUGUAUCUAACGGGAACGACAGCUGUACUGAGCUACUUCUGGACACGCUCGGUGAUUCCAUAGUGGAUCUUGUGGAUAGCAAGGGCAGGACUCCGGUGCAUGCGGCCUCAUUCAGGGACCAAGUGGAAUCGUUGACGUUACUUCUGGGUCACCGUGCGAGCGUGAACAAAGUGGACAAGCUGGGCAGAACUCCCAUAAUGCUGGCAGCUUCCCAGGGGCACCUCAGCUCUGUCGAGCUGCUGUUACAGAGUCACGCUGAUCUGACUAUCAUAGAUGACACACAGAAUACCGCACUGCACUAUGCCUGCAUGCAUGGGCAUGAAGAGGUGGCCUUAAUCUUGCUGGACAAAAUAGACGACCAAAAUGUGAUAAACAAGCCAAAUAAUGAUAUGAAAACGCCACUACACAUAGCGGCGAAGCAGGGUUUAACUCCGGUGGUUCAGGAUCUCAUCUCUAAAGGGGCCAGUCUCACAGUAGUUGAUAACAAAGGUUACUCUCCGGCGCUAAGUUGUGCGCCAAACGAUCGGGUGGCUGACUGCCUGGCUAUUAUUCUCGCUCACAUGUCCUUCGCUCCCUCUAUGUCGAGUACUUUCUGCAGGUCAACACAUAACGACAAUAAUAACUCAACCCUAGGUGGAACUAGAACUCUUGAGAUACCCCACAACGAUAGUACCAAAGAACAAAGUCUACCAAGCUCAGAUUCUGAAUUCUACUAAACCCCAUUUAGCUUAUUUUGCAAGAUAUAUUGUUGUUUUGUAAUCUUGUUCACUUUGUAUUACACAAUUUUGCAUAACCAGAGAAGUAAAUAUAUUUUUCUAAUUUUGUGUCUAAGUUACUUGGCAAAUAAUAAUGAGUUCAGUUUAAGAUUAGAGUAUUGUUCAAAUUUGUAUAAUUCUAGUUUCAUGGCACUUAAGAACAAAUCUUUUGAGGUGCAUGUAUUGCUUGUCUCAUGUAUAUGUGUGUGUGUGUUAAUCCAAUAUAAUAAUAGGAAGAAGCUGUUAGAAUGUACACAGAGGAUUAAAUUUAUAUUACACAAAAUAAAAACAAUAUAAUUAUCAAUAUAAUAUUUUUUUGGCUUUUAAAUUAUAAUGAAAACAUAAUUUAUUUUCAAUUUCAAUUCUAACACUUUCAAAACACUGCUUAACACAACAGGUAGAACUAGUUAAUUCUAAUGAUAUCUUGACUGAGCACAGUUUUGACCCAUUCCUUAUCAACACAUAUUGCCCUACCAGACUGAUUAGAGCACUGGACUACGUAUCCGAGAAUUGCAGGUUUGAUCCCCAGUCGGGCCGCAUAGCUUGUGUGGCAAUUGGUUAUUGGAAACCCUUCCAUUGCCUUUUCUAUCCUACCUCUGAUUCAAGUAGUGGAGUUGUCAGUUACUGAUCGCUAACUUAGGAAAAGUGUGAGUUGGUUAAUUGACUAGUGUUAUAUUAUUAAAAUACUGUUGAAAAUGGGGGGGGGGGGGGAAUCCAUCUGAACAAAAUUACAGGAAUGCUUAUGGCCAAUCAUUGUAAACAUUAUUACAGUAAUACUGCCCAACCUCUUUUCAACCUUGACCUAAGUUGAAUUGUCCUGAACCAAUAGAGGGUAUCAGUGUGUAUAAAAAACUGUCUCUUGUUCAAAGCAAGAUUGGAAAUUAAAUUAUGUUUUAUGUCCCCGGUAGGGUGGCAUAUAGCAUUUGCACUGUCUGUCCGUCCUUCCGCCUGUCCGUCCAAAAACUUUAACAUUGGCCAUAACUUUUGCAAUAUUGAAGUUAGCAACUUUAUAUUUGGCAUGCAUGUGUAUCUCAUGGAGCUGCACAUUUUGAGUGGUGAAAGGUCAAUGUCAAUGUCAUCCUUCAAGGUCAAAGGUACAAAAAACAAAUUCAAGGGAAGUAAUAAGCAUUAAAGGGAGAUAAUUAUUUGUACCUGCCAAAUGAUACAAAAAAAUAAAUCAAAGCGGCGCAGUAGGGGGCAUUGUGUUUCUGACAAACACAUCUCUUGUUUUUUAUAGACUGGACAUAGCCACCAAUCCACAUUAUAAACGGACCAUGUUAUGAAUCACUAGAUACGUACCGUUUUUCUUGCAUAUAUAUUUCCAAUAGUCUCAUGUAAUUCAGAUUUACAAUAACAAUUGAAUUAUUCUCUCCAAUCAUGACGAUAUAUGUGUUCCAUGUGGCCACAGAUUAAAAUGUAUUACCUAAACUGCCAUAAAAUCAAAGCAUCUUAUAUUUUUCAAGGCUCAAAUGAAAUUAAGUCAUUUCCUUCUCCCAAGGAAACUAAGCAGACAUGUCGCAUACUUGUUUUACGAUCGCAGUGAGAGAUAAAAAGUUACGGAAGAGAAUUUAUACGGAGGAAAAAACUUGAUAAUAAAUUUGAUAUUUUUUCUUGUAAAAAAAAGAGAAAAAGCAGGCUUAACUACUGAAACUCUAGAUGGCUAAAAAAGUAUUUUGUCGCUGGAAAAACAGCCUCUGUUCAUUGAUGCCUGAAUCAAAGGUGUAUUUACGGGUUAGCUGUAUAUAUCUUGUAAUUCAAUUGUUCACAGGAAGGUUUGCCUAAUAUUUGUAUAUGUCGUUAUUAUUGUAGUUGGGACCAGGCCACUGAUGUUUCAUUUCUGUGCCACUCAUUAAAUGCAUUUUGUUUUUAAUUGGUAUUAACAUUCUAAACAUUUCUUCUUACUAUUCAUACAAUUAUAUUGUAUACAUUUGAACCUGUUAUUAAAAAUUCUUGUACAACAAAGUUUACUUGCCAAUAUUUCAUCAGCUUUCUUGAUAACUGUUUAUUUCGAAAAUUUUAAGCAUUUGUUAACUUAAUUUCAAGUUAAUUAUUUAUUUUUAAGGGCACCGUUCAAUGCUUUAUUCAUUUGUGAUACAUGCUUUGUUUAGGCAGCUGAUGUGAUUCGAUUUAAUUCAGUGAUCACUCUUUCAAAAGAAAUACUCACUUUGCAUUUCAUUUGAUUGAAUCUGCUUUAUAAUAAUAAUAAUAAUAAUCUAAUAAUUGUAGUAGUAAUAAAUUGUAUACAUUUUAAAGAAAAGUAUAAAUGUGGUUACUGUUUGUAAUUCAAGAAAAUAUAAAUAGCAUUCAGUGGGAAAGGCAUUACUUGUUAGUUUUGAAGAAAUAGUUAAUAUAUACAUACUGACUUGGUGUGUUCUUAAGAAUUUCUGCUGAUAUUUUAAGUUUCUGUUUUUUUUUUGUAAUUACAUUAUAACAGACAGUACACAUGUAAUUAUUUCUACUUCUUUGUAGUGUUGUUUGUUUAUGUACAUAAAUGAAUGUCUUGGCAUUACGUUUAGAAAAAAAUAUAUAACAUGAAAUAUUUUUGUUCUAUUAUAUGUGUUAUUUGUUACUAGAUUUUCUAUAUAACAUGUUAGAGGAAUUUAGAGAUUUUAAUAACAGUUUGUUUCAUAUAGUUCAAUUGUUAUAUAAUUGAUAGGAUAUUUUUUCUAACUAUGUCCCCUUGUCUUGAGUACCGUAUAUGCCAUCUGUUUCCAAAUGUUGUAGAAAAUUAGUUUGCAUUAUAUUAAGGAAGCGCACCUUUAAUGAUUUCCCGCGAUUUCUUCGAAGGUUGAAGAGCCUACUAUUAGGUGCCGUAGCCUAGUGGUUAAGGCGAUAGACUAGAAAUCUUUUGGGAUAUUCCCGCGCAAGUUCGAAUCCUGCCGACGACGUAUACUUUUUUGCGACGCGUUUUAUUUAUUUUCUAACGUAAUUUGAUUUAAUAUGGCAUAUAAGCUAUAUUUAUUGUUAAAUGUGUUGCAAUUUUUAUGCACAUUCUUCAAUUAUUAAAAUUUAAACAACGUUAUGGCGAAAUUGGGUGAUUUACUGUUGAAAAUACGAGCCAUGCAUGUUGCAUUUUUAUUUUUAUUUCAAAAAGUAAACGGUAAAUCUGUCUAUUUCUUGGUAUUUUUGCUGUAUAUAGUGUUUCUAUAAAAACUAAGUUUCAAAUAUGACUUAAAUGAUACUAUUUUGAAUUUUAUGACACUUUGUUUUUAACCGACCCAAUUUUUACUUGGCUGAAAUCACUUACAUUUCAUGGCGCUCUUCCAUAGAUAAAAAUUUGUAAAAAAUAAAUGUCUGUAAAAGAAUACUUAUUUCAUCUUGUUUAAACUGUAAACACCUUUACAGCAUCUGUACACACCAACUGCAUGCCCAUAUUUGGAAAUUUGAAUGAAUAAUGGAACUUUUAUAUACCCCAGGAGUGAAAAUAAACUGGACAAAAGCCGAGCGUGGGCCCCCCCUCCCCCCCGCCCGUCUGUCGGUCUGUCGAUAGACCAGUUCAUUUCCAGUCAAUAACUCGUCAAUGGAUUGACCGAUUGGCUUGAAACUUCAAUGUUAAUUGGCCUUGAACAGUAGAUGACCCAUGUUAAAAUUGGGGUCACUAGGUCAAAGGUCAAGGUCACUGUCACAAUAAGUGUGAAAAUCAUUUCCAAUCAAUAACUCGUCGAAGAAUUGACCGAUUGGCUUGAUACUUCACAUGUGCAUUAGCCUUGGACAGUAGAUGGCCCCUAUUGAAAUUGGGUUCACUAGGUCAAAGUUCAAAGUAAUUGUCACAACAAGUGUGAAAAUCGUUUCCGAUCAUUAACUCGUUAACAAAUUGACUGAUUGGCUUAGUACUUCACAUGUGCAUUGGCCUUGGACAGUAGAUGACCCUUAUUGCAAUUGUGGUCACUAGGUCAAAGGUCAAGAUCACUGUCUCAAUAAUCAUGAAAAUCUUUUUCUGAUCAAAAACUCUUCAACGGAUUGACCAAUUCGCUUGAUGCUUCACAUGUGCAUUGGCCUUGGACAAUAGAUGACCACUAUUGAAAUUCGGUCACUAGCUCAAAGGUCAAGGUAACUGUCACAAUAAGUGUCUUAUCCUUUCGGAUCAAUAACACGUCAACGAAUUGACCGAUUUGCUUUAUACUUAACAUGUGCAUUGUCAUUGGACUGUAGAUGACCCCUACAGGAAUUGGGGUUACUAGGUCACAGGUCAAGGUCACUGUCUGAAUAAGUGUCAAAAUCGUUUCUGAUCAAUAAUUCGUCAACCAACUGACCGAUUGGCUUGAUACUUCCCAUGCCCAUUGGCCUUGGAAAUAAGAUGACCCCCUUUAAAUUGGGGUCACUAGGUCAAAGGUCAAGGUCACUGUCGCAAUAAGUUUGAAAAUCGUUUCCAAUCAAUAACUCGUCAACAAAUUGACUAAUUCACAUGUGCAUUCGCCUUGAACAGUAGAUGACCCUUAUUGAAAUUGGGGUCACUAGUUCAAAGCCCUCUUUGGGGGUGGGGGGCAUAUGUCUCCGACCACGGAACUCUUGUAUUUGAUAGCUUAAUAGCAGUGUUUUCUUUAGUGAAGUUCUUUUCAAUUUAAAAACUGAAGGGAGAUUUUUUAAAAGUUAGUUUUUCAAAGUGGACUUUUUUUUAAUUCACAUGUUUAUUAAUUCAUGCACUAUACUUAUAGCUUUUGUGUGAAUUGGAACUAUGAACAAGAGGCUCUUUUAAAAGUAACGUCCAAAGUCUGCUGUAUUCUGUUCAUUCUCAAAUAUUGGACUGUUCUGUUAACAUUAUUGUUUACCAAAAGUCCUGAUCUGUUUCGCAUACUUUGUUUCAACCCUGGAACAUUUUACAAUUUUUAGAUCUCCAUUUUUUUCUUUUCAAAAUGGCGGCAUCAUGUUUGUGGGGGCGGGGGAAAGAAAAUCCUUAUUUCAUUAAGGAAAAACUCAAUUGACCAAUCAAAAGUGCUGAAACUCAUACAGGUUUUAAAUAUUGUAUGCAUCUUCUGGGUUUAGCCACUGAUAAUGCUAACAAUCCAAAGAGAAACAUACCUUAACAGUUGAAUGUUUAUUUCUUGUGCAAACUGACAUUGGCCAAGCUAUGGGAAAACAGGGCUAAAGGUAUGUGUGUAAUGUGUCGUCCCAGAUUUCUUGUGCAAACUGACAUUGGCCAAGCUAUGGGAAAUCAGGGCUGAAGGUAUGUGUGUAAUGUGUCGUCCCAGAUUUCUUGUGCAAACUGACAUUGGCCAAGCUAUGGGAAAUCAGGGCUGAAGGUAUGUGUGUAAUGUGUCGUCCCAGAUUUCUUGUGCAAACUGACAUUGGCCAAGCUAUGGGAAAACAGGGCUGAUGGUAUGUGUGUAAUGUGUCGUCCCAGAUUUCUUGUGCAAACUGACAUUGGCCAAGCUAUGGGAUAACAGGGCUGAUGGUAUGUGUGUAAUAUGUCGUCCCAGGUUAGGCUUUGCAGUCCGCACAGGCUGAUUAGGGACGGUGCUUUCUGCCUGAACUUGAUUUCCUUUAAAGAGACCUUUUCACGUUAUCAUACAUUGACACAAAUAUUUUGUUUUUUCAGAUUAACCUUGUUUUGUAGUUUAAUGUUUUUACUAGGAAACAGUAAUACUGAACAUUUACCAUGCUCUAAAAUAUCCAUUAUAUGCAUCUUUUGACAAUUAGAAACCAAAACAUUGCAAAGAUUUACAAACGGGAAACGAUUGUAUAAUUUGGAAAGUUCUAGUGUUAUAAGUAUAUUUUGUGACAUUACUAGGAUUGCUUCUAUUAGGAAUGGAAUACAUGGAGUGUUAUGUAAGCAUGGAUGGCUGAGUGGUUUCAGCGCUAGACUUUUACUCCAAGGGUCAGUUGUUCAAGCCCGGGUGUAGAUUCCUUUUUUCUUUUUUUAAUUUAAUUUUAUUUUUUAUUCUGAAAUCUUUUAGUUUGGAUGUUUACAUUUAUCAAUUUAAAGCAUUUUAUGACACAUUUCCAAACUUGCAAAUACUGUCGAAAGGUCCCUUAAAGAAAAGAUUUCCUUAAAAAACAGAAAAUUGCAUGAAAGCGGACAGUUUUGCCCAGAUUAGCCUGUGCGGGUUGUGCAGGCUAAUCUGGGACGACACUUGAUGGUCAUGCAUUAAGCCCAGUUUUCCCAGAGCAAGGCUCAUAUACAAUGUGUGUUUUCACUGAUAUUGUGUUGGCUAUUGUUAGGUUGGCUAAGAUUGAAUUGUAUAAUAGACCGGUGUGGACAUGAUAUUAAAAUUAGCAGCAUUUUCUAAUUGAACAUUCCAUGCUUGGUUAUUUAUAAUUUGUAUUGAGUUUUUUAAUAAAUCUUUUGAUUAUAUGAUAUCCUGUCAUGAUUAUGUACUCAUUCUAAAUUCAAAUACAAACAGCCAUUAUCAGCUACAAGCAUUUUCUGUGUGUGUGUCAGAGAACAUGUAUGGGCCAUAAUCCUUGUGUUUGUCAUAGCCCUUUUCCACUCAGAAGCAAAGUGGAAAUCCAUAUUUCAUAGAAAAAACCUGGACAAUAACGGCCUUAAGGAUGCUUUGUAAAACAUAACGUAAAGUUCAUUAUCUUCAUGGACAAAUCUGGUGAUUUUUUUAUCUGAAGUUUGUUUUAAAAAUUAAAUUUUGGACAUUAUUAUCUUUUACCAUAUUAAUGACAUUCCACCCUGUCUAUAUAAUAAGUUUGUAAAGGACUAUACUCAGCAAUAUCAAACGGGUAAUGAUUUAAUUAUGAUAAA